AAAGGAGUCAUGUCCGGUUAUGUCAGGUUAAGAUCAGCGUCCACACUACAUGACUUUGGGCAACAUCCAAAUUCCAUCGUCAGAAAAAGUUCUAGGCCGCCUUAAACUCGAGAUCAACUGUGAAGGGCGAUCGGGUGCAAGUUUCAGAGAUAAUGCUGCAUGGACUGCGUUAUGCCUGCCUGCAUGAUACUGAGCUGCACGAACCCGUUACCAGAUCUCUGGGCAGGCUGAUGAUCGCCCUGCAAGAAUCAAUGAGAGGGCGACAGGUGGAAGGGGCCCAGCAAAUGGCAUAGCGACAAGUGGCGGAGGGUGUUUGGUUGGAGAUGUAUAAUGUGCUGCCCAUGUGCUCCGAGUGACCUUCUUAGAGUCCGACUCAGCUCAUGUGACAGGAAGUACCUUAUCCAUCUUUAAAUUUAAGGGCACGUAUGAGGUCUCCUGCUGUGAGGUGUCCUUGGGAGGUGAACCAUGGCGACACCUUGCUUCAAAUUCAAUAUACGCUUUACAUGGAAAGACACAAAUCUUUCUUAUUGUAUCGAGCACUGAGCCGAGCCCGGCCCCGCCCCCCGGUCGUCGGUCUCGCAGGAGGCGCUAUAUAUUUUAACGCGAGCAUCGCCGUCGACUGCCACUAUUCAAUUCACUCGUCGCCAAGGCCGCCAUGAGCCACCGGCUAGACGCUUUGCUCUUCUCCUCUGUCGACGGUCACGUCUCUCGAGCUGCGGUGGUCGCAGCGGGAGGCGUCGCCGGCGAGGCGCCGCGACGGAGGAGGAAGAGGCCGCGCGCCGCCGUCGACGCGAAGAAGCGGCGGCUGAGCGACGAGCAGGUGAAGUUGUUGGAGACGCGUUUCGGGGAGGAGACGAAGCUGGAGUUCGGCCGGAAGCUGCACCUCGCCGCCGAGCUCGGGCUCGACCCCAAGCAGGUCGCCGUCUGGUUCCAGAACCGCCGGGCGCGGCACAAGAACAAGCAGGUGGAGGAGGCCUACCUCGAGCUCAAGGCCAUCCACGACGCCACGCUCCUCGAAAAGUCCCACCUCGAGAACGAGGUGCUGAAGUUGAAUGACAAGCUUCUUGCAGCUGAAGAAGAACUUAAGAGAUUCUCCCUGAGCGCCACCACCGGCGGUGGAAAUGGUGGCGGCGAGCCAGUCGGAAGUCCAAACUCAUCGACUUCGACUUGCCAGCCCGCAGUAUCAGAGUUUGGAGGCAUAGAGGAAGAAGCCGAACUGAGGUACCUAUACGAGUAUGAUUGCCUGAUGGAAUGGGAAUACAAUUUCUAUGGUAUGUAAAGAUUGCUGCUAUAUUCGCUUCCAUGUGAUCAAACAUUGUAAAUUACUCAAGUCCCUUCCAGCAAAUCCUAUUCUCCGACUAACAAUGACUAUCGUAUCAAGUUUUGGGGAGUGUACUUAAUUCGCUUGCUGUUCACUAGCUGUUCAAAGGUGUAAAAUUAGAAGCUGUAAAUGUAAUCCUUCAUUUCACUGGAAGUUCUGUUUGCGUUGAUACU